AUGUCAGAUGACGAAGACGCCCCAGGCUCGCCUGCUGCUGACGACUUGUCGUAUGGACCGCUCUCAGUGAUUGGGCUGGCCCGUAAGCUGGUCAGUUUGGCUGAGAGGACAGCCCAGCUUCGACGCCGUAACCAGAUGGUUGUGGCCAAGGUCCAGGAGACAAAGCGCCGCCAGCAGGCACUAGAAGCGAUAUCAUCAGCACAGAUGCUUUUGCUGAUGACCAAGGCCAGCGAACGCCGCCUGCGACACUUGGAGCUGGUCAGAGAGAAGGCUAGGAUACUGCGCCUGUUCCUUGAUAAGCGGUACCUGGAGACGACCGAAACCGAGGCGUUGGCCUUGUGGCCAGCUGCCGAAGAGGAGCUUGAUUCGUCUGUUUCGGAGCCUGAAUUCCGAGUUAUAGCGAGAGCUGUUAGACGGUACCGGUUGCGCAAGGCCUUUAAGAGCAGACAAUGCCGCUUAUACUUUGAUAAGAUUCUUCGGCACGAAAUCUCCUUUUCCGAAGCUGUGCUUCUUCUUAGGUCUCCAGCCAUUGGCUGUAUUGAGAAUCUCCUCCACGCCUUGGGUUUACCUGAUCUGGGCGACGAUAGCUAUAAAUGGUUCCUUUACUCCAUUGCCUUGAUCGGAGACUUCCAUGACUCAUUGAACAAUAGCUUCGAGUUGCACCCAGGCUUCAAUGUCAACCUCAAGAAAGCACUGGCAAUAUCCGUCCAUUUACCGAUAUUGCUCUACCAUUUGUCUGUUCGUAUGUUCUUUAUGCUCAGACUGUUUUCUGACAGAGACAUCAACCCGUGGUCAAUACGGCGCCUACACUUUGCCCGCUACUGGCGCUUCUACCACUUUUUGUUCUCGAUAUACCGUGAGAACCACAAAUACGCUCUUAAAGAAAUUGCCGAUGAGGCUUUCUCCAUUGCCAGCACACAACAUCGCAUUUUGGAGGCUUAUGAUCUCUUGAAGUCUGGAGAUGGCUCCGAGGAGAGAAUACGGUUGUUUAAGCGCUCCAGAGCAAAUUUAGAAGCUCUCAAGACGCACCAUGAACUCCCGUGGGCACUGAUGGGCGUAUCAUCAGAGAAGUUUUGUGAGGAUUUACGCAGUGUGGCUGCUUAUUGUAAAGCUCUCAGAGAGAGUUCUGGCAGUGAGCUUUUGUAUGAUGAUGCAUUCGCCAGCGACCCUCAUGUGCCUUGCGACGAGCCACAGACUAUCCAGUUCGGCCCUGACGCUUUCACUAAAGAGCUCACGUCUCUGCAGAAUUUGAGCACUCCAGUAAGCAUCAAGACUGGAUUUGUUACUUGCGAUAAUUGUAUUGGGACAAUCGAUUCACUUGAUGUGAAGAAUUUCUUUUCUGAAGUUGAAGAACAUACAAUCAAGGAGACGGGUAAUAACCUCAAGCAAAAGGCGGAGGGACUAGUGGCAAGACUCAAGGGAUUGUUUUGUUUCUAUUUCGAGUUGUGCAAGCAUAUCGGUAAGGGAAGUGAGUUACAUCAUGCUGAGGUGAACUACCUUGAAUUGAGUGCAUCAUACGAGCUGAAGGUCGAGAACGAGUCAAUUAGGCUGGCGCAAAACUAUGUGAGACUCCUCUUACUACUUGUGCUCCAACUAGUGGAGAUUGCCAACAUGAGUAAUCCUGAUGCUUCACAGCUUGUAAGUGAAGUUGAUGUCCCUUCAGAAGAGUUCCUAAUCCGCUCAGAUAUGAUGAUUGAAGAUAUGUUCAUCGCUGCACAAACUACUUGGGCAACACUUUGUGCUUUCCCAACUUCACAAGAGUUUUUCGUCUUUGAGAAUGUGAUGCAGUUAGUUUCUAAUGAUUCCCUCAGACCAAGCUUGGGCAAUGAUUUCCCUCAUCUUCGUUACACGGAUUUCUACCAUUUCUUGUAUGAAUAUGGUAGCCAGUUAUCCCACUGCUUCGACCCAUUCCUGGUUGUGGCUGCAAAGGAGAGAGGACUCGUUAUCGAUGGCAGUUCCAGAAAUGCCACUGCGAAGAGAUACUUCCGCGAUGCCUUUGUUCGCUUCUUCUUUUCUGACUUGAGAAGCACCAGCGACGAGAAAGUGUCGUCUCUUCAAGACUGCCAGCUUCUCUUUCAUUUCGAAGAUGAGGUCUUAAGACUCGUCACGGCUUCAAAGAGCCUUAUCUUGUCGCUGACCCUUUCCACAGCAUUGAACCUUUCACAAGGCGCUGCAAACGAACUUCAUGGGUACCUCGAUGGCUAUAAUGGACUGACAGGACUUGAGGUGCCCCAUGCCAUGAGUGAUUUCCAAAUUAACUACAUUUCCAACCAGCUUCACAAGCUUGACGAAGGCGAAACAAACAUCAUAGAAAUCUUUGCUGGGAAGAUACGAACAGCAAUGCUUGACGAAGCGAACACAGAGCCCCUCCUUCGCAAGAACAUCAGACACUUCACAAGCGACUUGUUGAAUCUCCAGAAUCAGAUUGACGCUUUCAUUGAUUUGUUUUACGAACUUUACUAUCCAGUCUUGAAUUGGAUUCAUGUUGACUUGGGACUCCCAAAGUAA